AUGGAGUCCUCCCGUGGCCCGCCGCGGGUCAAGAACAAGGCGGCAGCGCCUGUGCAGAUCUCGGCCGAACAGCUUCUUCGCGAAGCCGUCGACAGGCAGGAAACUGCGCUCCACAAGCCCGAACAGCGCUUCGCCGACCUCGAGGAGCUGAAGGAGUACCAGGGCCGGAAGCGCCGCGAGUUUGAGGACUAUGUACGCCGCAACCGCAUCCGCCUCGCCAACUGGUUUCAGUACGCCCAGUGGGAGCUCGAGCAGAAGGAGUUUGCCCGUGCUCGCUCCGUCUUUGAGCGCGCCCUGGAUGUCCAUCCCAACAAUACCCAGCUUUGGGUCAGGUACAUCGAGGCCGAGAUCAAGAACCGCAACAUCAACCAUGCCCGCAACCUUCUGGAUCGCGCCGUCACCCGGCUGCCACGAGUCUCAAAGCUCUGGUACAAGUACCUAUGGGUCAUGGAGAUGCUGGGCGACAUCCCCGGCACCCGCCAAGUGUUCGACCGCUGGAUGAAGUGGGAGCCUGACGAAGAUGCCUGGAACUCGUACAUCAAGCUGGAGAAGCGCUACGGCGAGUUCGACAGAGCGAGGCAGAUCUUUGCCGCGUUCACCGCCGUCCAUCCCGAACCGAGGACCUGGCUGAAGUGGGCCAAGUUUGAAGAGGAAUACGGAACCAGCGAUAUGGUCAGGGAAGUCUUCCAGACUGCCAUUCAGACCAUCGCCGAGACGUUAGGUGAUGAUGCCGUGGACGAAAGGCUAUUCAUUGCCUUUGCCAGGUUUGAAGCGCGCCAGAAGGAGUACGAGCGGGCUCGUGCUAUAUACAAAUUCGGCCUCGACAACCUCCCUCGGUCGCGGUCAAUGGCGCUGCAUGCGCAGUACACCAUGUUUGAGAAGCAAUUUGGCGACCGAGAAGGCGUCGAGGAUGUCAUUCUGACCAAGCGAAGGAGGCUCUACGAGGAGCAGGUCAAGGAGAACCCCAAGAAUUACGACGUUUGGUUUGACUUUGCGCGGCUGGAAGAGAGUGGGGGGGACGCAGACCGCGUUCGGGAGGUCUAUGAACGUGCCAUUGCUCAAAUACCGCCAACACAGGAAAAGCGGCAUUGGAGGAGAUAUAUAUUUCUCUUCCUCUUCUACGCUAUAUGGGAGGAGCGAGAGGCGAAGGACAUUGAACGCGCCAGACAAAUCCUCGACGCCUGCUUGGGCUUGAUACCGCACAAGAAGUUCACUUUUGCCAAGUUAUGGGUAGCAAAGGCGCAUUUUGAAAUCCGUCAGGGACAGCUGACGGCCGCGCGGAAGACGCUGGGGCGGGCGAUUGGAAUGUGCCCAAAAGACAAGCUCUUCAAGGAGUACAUCUCGUUGGAGCAGCGGCUCUACGAGUUCGAUAGGUGUCGGACGCUGUACGAGAAACAUGCCCUGUACAACCCAGCAAACUGCCAGACGUGGAUCAAAUGGGCCGAGCUCGAGCGCGGCCUGGAUGAUCUCGACCGUACCCGUGCCAUCUUCGAGCUCGCCAUCAGCCAGCCCGUGUUGGACAUGCCCGAAGUGGUUUGGAAGGCAUAUAUUGACUUCGAGGAAGAAGAGGGCGAGUACGAGCGGACGCGCGAGCUGUACGAGCGCCUGCUUCAGAAGGCCGACCACCCCAAGGUUUGGAUCAGCUAUGCGCAGUUCGAGAUCAACGUCCCAGAGCCCGACGAGGGCGGUGAGGAGCAGGCGGAGGAGGAAGCAGAGGAGCGCCCCGUCAGCGAGGAGGCCAAGGCGCGGGCCCGCAACAUCUUUGAGCGAGCCCACAAGCGCAUGAAGGACCGCGAGCUCAAGGCCGAGCGCGUGGCCCUGCUGCAGGCGUGGCUCGAGUUUGAAAAGGCUCAUGGCUCGCCCGAGGACAUCAGCAAGAUCCAGAAGCAGAUGCCGCGCGAGACCAAGAAAAAGCGCAGGCUGGACGGCGAUACCUGGGAGGAGUACAUCGACUACAUCUUCCCGGCCGACGACCAGCAGACCAAGAACCUGUCCAACUUGCUUGCUAUGGCCAACGCCUGGAAACAGACUGGAGGGAGCAUUACUGGGGCCGGUUGAGAAAGCGUUUUGCAGUGGCGGUAGUCUGGCCGCCAAAAGGGUGUCCCGCUUGGUGGAUG